UCGGGAGAGCGGCGCGCAGGCGGCGGAGACCGUGGCGGCCACGGCGGAGGCGGUUGCUGCACCCGGUACUGGGGUCGCUGCCUGAGGCGCAGGCGCCGUGGACUCAGCCCGUCCCGGUCUCGUAUCGCUGUGAGCUCGUCAUGGCGACCCAGCAGAGGCCUUUCCACCUGGUGGUGUUCGGCGCUUCUGGCUUUACCGGCCAGUUCGUGACCGAGGAGGUGGCCCGGGAGCAGGUGUCCCCGGAGCGGAACUCCCACCUGCCGUGGGCCGUGGCGGGCCGCUCACGGGAGAAGCUGCAGCGAGUGCUGGAGAGGGCUGCCAUGAAGCUGGGAAGACCAACACUGUCAUCUGAAGUUGGAAUCAUAAUUUGUGAUAUCACUAAUCCAGCCUCACUUGAUGAAAUGGCUAAACAGGCAACAGUUGUCCUCAGUUGUGUAGGACCAUACCGAUUUUAUGGAGAACCUGUAGUAAAAGCAUGUGUUGAAAAUGGAACUAGCUGUAUUGACAUCUGUGGGGAACCUCAGUUUCUGGAACUAAUGUAUUGGAAGUAUCAUGAGAAAGCUGCAGAAAAGGGGGUUUAUAUCAUUGGAAGCAGUGGCUUUGACUCCAUUCCAGCAGAUCUGGGAGUAAUAUAUACCAAAAAUAAAAUGAAUGGUACAUUGACUGCUGUGGAAAGUUUCCUGACUAUACAUUCAGGACCUGAGGGGUUGUGUGUUCAUGAUGGUACCUGGAAGUCAGCAGUUUAUGGUUUUGGUGAUCAGAGUAGUUUGAAAAAACUACGAAAUGAGGCAAAUCUGAAGCCUGUCCCAAUUGUUGGUCCAAAAUUGAAAAGAAGGUGGCCAAUUUCCUACUGCAGAGAACUCAACAGUUACUCCAUCCCUUUCUUGGGAGCAGAUGUAUCUGUUGUGAAGCGGACUCAGCGUUACUUGUAUGAAAAUUUAGAGCAAUCACCUGUUCAGUAUGCUGCUUAUCUUACUGUGGGAGGCAUCACCUCUGUUAUUAAGCUGAUGUUUGCUGGACUUUUCUUUUUAUUCUUUGUGAGGUUUAGCAUUGGAAGGCAACUUCUCAUAAAAUUCCCAUGGCUCUUCUCCUUUGGUUAUUUUUCAAAACAAGGUCCAACACAAAGACAGAUUGAUGCCUCAUCAUUUACUAUGACAUUUUUUGGUCAAGGAUACAGCCAAGGAUUUGGUACUGAUAAGAGCAAACCAAAUAUCAGAAUUUGUACUCAGGUGAAAGGACCAGAAGCCGGCUAUGUGGCUACCUCCAUAGCCAUGGUCCAGGCAGCCAUGACUCUUCUAAAUGAUGCCUCUGAUCUUCCUAAGGUGGGCGGGGUCUUCACACCUGCAGCAGCUUUCUCCAGAACAAAGUUGAUUGACAGACUUACCCAACGUGGCAUUGAAUUUAGUGUCAUUAGCAGCUCUGAAGUCUAAACAUUUGAAGAAUUAACUGAAGUCAUAAAAUGCAUGAAUUAACAGCUUUUUAAUUUGUUAUUUGAAAUUCUUCUAUAAGCCUAUCUGACUAUAUGUGGAAAAGAUUGUCAAAUUUAAAAUAUGUACACUAAAAGCAGGAAAUUGUAUUUGCGUACCCUAAAUUUCAAAUCUUAGCUGAUUUUUGUGAUUUUUAUUACUUGUAAGAAAAAACUAUGACUGACUUUUUCAUUGAAGAAUUCAUGGUCAGUUUCUAUAAGUGAGCUGGCAGAUCAGAGGGUGGGGUGGAUAGCUCUGUCUGUGUUGCUGACAGAUUCCUUGACGAAGCACCCAGGCUGGUGUUCAUGUAAUAAGUAGCUGCUGCUUUCUUUGCCAUGAUUAUCACACUUUCCCAUGAGUUUCUCUACAUCGAGUAGGCCUUUGCCAAAUGAAACUGCAUUUUUGCUAUUUUAGCCUAGUUUUUCACCCACCUACACUGACUGAUUCUGGAUUCUUACCUAAGUUGCAUAAUAAAGGAUUAUCAAUUAAA